GCGUGUCGCUCUGCUGGAUUCUUUGAGAUCCAGAGAGACAAGUGUUCGUGUGAGCCUUCCUUGCAGCGCUCUCGAUUCCACACUGAUUCCUUCUUCUUUGCUGGUGUCGAAGGAAGCUCUGUCUCAAGUCGAGGCAACGCGCUCAAGUCAGCGCAGUGGAGGCCAGUGGCCGAUGGCCAAGUGCAUUGAAGCUCGGCUCUGGUCCAGACAGCUGGCGCCCGGAUCCACUUCGACUCAAUUGCCAAAAGGAGCUCCGAGAGCUCAGCCGAGGACUUGGAACGAUGGAAGGAAGAAUGGAUGGAUGCAGGCCUCACAUUUGGAGCAUCCAUGGGAGAGCUGACGAGGUCCACGCAUCUUCCCCUUCUUCAGCUGCUGCUGCUGCUCAGCUCUAACUUCUGAGAUUCGUCCUCCACCUCCAAGUACGAGGGCACCUGUCCUCCCAGCUCAAGUUCGUCAUCUUCGGGGCCUCGGCUUAGAUUUGACCUGGGAGACCGACGGACUGAUUGACUGAGCAUCUCGAGUACAAUUGGAAUCGAGGAUUUCCACCGAAUCACGGAAGUUCUCGUCCUGGGCCACGGCCGAUGGAGGAAGCGGUGUGGCUGCAUCCGGGGCGUUACAAGGCGUCUCGAAAGCCACCUACCCCUUGUGCAAACAUGGCCCCCGACUUUAAGACAGCUCGCGAUUCUACCAUUCUCCGGGUGCGCACUCGCGGGAUCGGUCUCGUUUCGUCACUUUCCUGCGGCGCUGGGACCGAGUACGUCCCCGAGGACAUGGAUGGCCUCACGCAUGGACAAUUUCGGCCCAGAGCGAGAGCUGCAGCGGGCUCAGGAGGUGGUCGAGGACUGCAGGCUUUAUCGGUAAUAGGACCGACCAAGAUUCAAGUACCGAGUACGGGAAGUAUGAGCUCUGGGCUGGACUUGCCUUGCCUUGCCUUGCCCAUGAUUGCUCGCUGUACUGGGUGAGGAUUGAGGAUUGAGGAUCGAGGAGAGGGCUCGAAUGAGCUCGAUGAGAGGUUUUGGAGGUUCUACCCUUCUGUCGUGGGCGACAAGUAGCUUUGCUAAGCAUGACUUCGCUCGGGCCUACCAUCUCCAUGGAUCUCUGGGUGCAUCCUCCAUCGCUGAAGUAGAAAGCUCUUCUCACUGCUCUUCAUCGAUCGGGUCAAUAGAUGACCAGAACUCUCCAGCACACGGAACCAUCCACCCGCCAGAGAAUCGAGUAAUCUGUCCAGCAUCCAUGCGAGGUCGGGCAGCGUUUGAAAGCUCCCGCAAAUCUUUCACUUCAGUCUCUGCAAGUUGAAUCAAUUCCUGGGUGGUUUUCGGACCUGCACUUCGUGCCAUGUACCUAUACUCAAGGGCGGGCAGAUUCACGGUGCUCUUCUCUUCUUCCUCGAGCUCCUUUAUGUGAAUACUGGGGCCAAGUAGGUCCACCAUCAUUCAACUCGCUAUCUCUUCCAUAGACUCAUGGACUAGUUUCGCUCGUUUCGGUAGCAAACGAGAGAAACGUGGUUUCAGGGAUGUAUCCGAUUUUCGAUUUUGAGGUCGGAUCUUUGACAAGUCGUCCGUCAAAGCCAGGCUCACAUGAAUGUCCGAAGCAACCGUUUCGUCUUCAACUGUUCCGAACCAAAUCCAACCAGCCGAGCAUUUGAUGACUUUAUGUGCAAUUCACAAGUUGUGAUCUGCCGGUCAACUUGCCCGAUGCAAGCCAUGGCCCCCGACAAUGCUCGUUCCCGAAUAUGUCGAAAAUCACAUGGCUUCCAUGAAGGACGAAAUUCUGUCCUUCCGGGCCUGACACGAGGAAACGGGUUGGAAAUGAUUCCGCUGACAUCAGUCGUGUCCCUUCGAGUUCUGACCCCGCCGUGAUGCUCGUUUCUUCGCUGGCAGCAGAGAGUUGGACAAUUUAGCUCAUCCAUUGUGGGGCAUGAUGCGGGGUGCUGAAGAAUUCCGUUCAGUGUCGAAGUCAUGAGCCAUGAUCGUCGGUAAAGCUCUAGCGAUACGACACGAGACGAGCUUAUCGACUCACGAACAAACAUCGUUCAAGACUUGUCAACCUCUCGAUAUUCACAUCAUCAUCCUAAGUCUAGGUCCCGUGGGACAAUCCUCCAAAUAGCUUCCCGACGAUUGUCAAGCGACAAAAUCUGGGCCGCAAGAGGGCCUCGAAGAAGUCAUUCAGUAGCAAGCCUACGAACGCAUCUAAUUACACAUCCAUUGGAGUCCCAUGCUGACAUAGGCACCAGAUAUUGUGCAGACCGAGUCUGAAAAGGUAGCAGCGGUGUCAAAACACUGUGGGGCGAGAGACUCUCAUCCUGAGGCUGGCUCAAACCUGAAGCUACCUCGAGCUGUGAAAGAAGGGGCCACUUGAGUCGGGGCUUCAGUUCUCGACGAAUGGUGAGGAGCUUCGUGGAGGGGCCAUGUCGCUGAUCUGCUCGCCUUAAUUCUUCCGUAUUACAAUAUCACUUCGGGAGUGCGUGUCAUGGCAUACUGGUUGACGUCGGGACACCAGAAGCAGCCGAAGUCAAGUGUUGUCUUUCCUGCAUAGGCCCUUCACCGUGGUGAUCAGUUAGAAGGAUUCCCAAGGCCAGUACAGAAUGUGCUCGGUGUUCCACACAAUGACAUGGUUACCGUGUCACGAGCCUAGGUGCUAAAACAAUGUUUAGUCGGGCGCAGGUAGAGACUACUCUGUAGACUGCUGAACACUUUCACCGUUGUGAUUGCGUGAACCAUGUGUGAUGCACUUCAGAAGUUCCCCGUUCAAAACAUUUGACUCUACUCUGCACACUGCUAUUCCUGC